AUGCUUGCCACUGCAGAGCACCCAGUACACAACAUCGCCAAGGUCGGCUUCGGUACGGGAACGAACGAGCUCUAUUGUCGUGCUUGGCCCUCGUACCAGCCUGCCACCCUCUCCCACAUCCGCAAUGCCCUUGCAGCCUCUGCCCCACUCAACACUGUCGAGAUCGGUGCGGGCACCGGCAUCUUCACCCGUGCGCUCCUCGCCCACCCAGACUGGUCCCACUCCGUGAACCAGCUCCGCGCCCUCAAGCCGUCCGAAGGCAUGCGCGACGUCUUCGCAAAGUUCGUACAUAACCCCCGCGUCUCCAUCGCCGAGGGAACCUUCGACUCCACCGGCGUCGACAACAGAUGGGCCAACCUCAUCGUCAUCACCCAGGUGCGUUUCCCCACUUUCGCAUAUAUGCAUGCCCACACGGGCUCCCCCCACACCCGCGUUCGUGCUCUUGGACAGGACAACAUGCAUCGUCGUCAGCUGACGGAUCAGAUCAUUGCGACCGCCCUUCCUGAGUCCACAGACCCCGAUGAUGUGUUCGUAACUGGGAAGGUGUUCUUGAUGGCAGACCUUCCCAUUGAGUUGAUCGAGCUGCUCGAGAAGCUCAUCCUCGAGCCUUCACCAUUCAGCGACAAUCGCAACCUCCAGAACUUGAUGAACUACGAUAUCGCUGAGAUUGCCAAGAUUGCGACUGACCAUGGCCUGUACGAGGAGGCAUUCCUCAUAUACAAGAAGUAUGAGCAGCACGCCAUGGCCAUCAACGCGCUCGUCGAGCAUAUCGUCUCCCUGGACUGCGAUGUCGAAUAUGCCAUCAAAGUCAACAGGCCCAAGGUGUGGAGCAGGCUGGCGAAGGCACAGCUCGACGGUCUGCAAAUCAAGGAUGCCAUCGAUUCGUACAUCAAGGCUGAGGAUCCCUCGAACUACGCCAAAGUCAUCGAGAUUGCUAGUCACGCAGGUAAGCACGACGACCUCACCAAGUACCUCCAAAUGGCGCGCAAGACUCUGCGCGAGCCUAAGAUCGACACGGAGUUGGCGUAUGCCUAUGCGAAGACCGAUCGUCUGCACGAUAUGGAGGACUUCUUGGCUAUGACGAAUGUUGCCGACAUUCUUGAGGUCGGAGAGAAGUGUUUCGAGGACGAACUUUACCAGGCGGCGAAGUUGCUCUUCACAAGUAUCUCCAAUUGGGCCCGGCUUGUAACGACGCUCAUCUAUCUCGGUGAGAACUAUCUGCAAGAACAACCGACUCUCCUAACAGAUCUGCUGACCGUCUUGAUUCCUCGUAUUGACCAUGUCCGCGUCGUGAGGAUGUUCAGCCAGAUGGACUACAUCCCCCUCGUCCGCUCAUAUCUUAUCGCUGUGCAACAUCUGAACAUCGAGGCCGUCAAUGAUGCGUACAACAACUUGCUCAUCGAGGAGGAAGACUACAUGACAUUGCGGGACUCUAUCGACGGCUUUGACAACUUCAACAACAUUAAACUUGCGCAUGUCUUAGAGAAGCACGAACUGUUGGAGUUCCAUCGACUUGCGGCCCACCUUUACAAGGAGGAGUCGAUUACGUUGUCCAAGGCCGACAAGCUCUACAAGGACACAAUGAUUACGGCAGCCAUGUCCAACUCGACAGAAGUCGCAGAGGAUCUUCUCUCCUACUUCGUCGACAUCGGCAACAAGGAGUGCUUCGCGGCGGCGUUGUACAUCUGCUUCGAUCUGCUUCAUGCAGAUAUCGUGGAGGAACUCUCGUGGCAGCAUGGUCUCAACGACUUCUAUGGCAUGCCGUACAGGAUACAAAACUCGCAGACACUGUGCGCAUACUUGUAA